GCUGUGGCUGUUUGCUCCAUGAAGGUCCUGGAUUCUUGUUCCAUUUUCUCACUAGGGCUUUCAAAGUUCUUUGGCUAAGCAUCUGCUAUUUUAUCCCUCAUGCUGGAAGAAUCAGGCUCUAAUACCAAUUGGAAAGUAUAACACGGCAAGGAGGAAGAGUUUUAGACAGCUUGAGAAAACUUAUUAUCAGCGGUAUGGAUUCUAUUGGAGUGUCUCCGUUGGAGGAGGGAAAGGAUAACACACAGCAAGGAGGAAAAUAUUUAGGCAGCUUGAGCAAGCUUACUAUCAAUGCGAUGGAUACCAUUGGAAAGCAUGCAGACACAAACAGUUUCAUAUUUCUUGCGAUGAUUCUCAUACCUUACUAUGCUGGUUUGCUCUCUUUUAUAGUGUUUAUCACCAAAACCCUAGGCUCUGCCUGCUUCGAUGAGUUUCCUUUCGAUGUUGUAUUUCCUGUCGCAUACUCUACUGUGACAGUAGUACUUGCAAUCACUGUGUUUGGAGGGUCCAACCGUACAAAAAUCCUUGCCUUGAGGACAUCAGUGGGAUUCCACACUUUGAGUUUCAUUGCACUAGUUUGCGUGAUAAUGCAGAAUUGGUCUGUAAUCAAUGUUGGAUUAGGAACUGUAGCACUGACAGGUUUCUUGUUUAUACAAAUUUAUAAUGUGGGUCAAGUGAAGAUUUCUUGAAAGAUGAAAUACGGGUUCUGUUGUAGCUUUCUUCCAUGUACAGAUUCAUAAUGUGUCAACUGAGGAUUUCUCGAAAAUUAUUAUCUAGUCUUCCUACAUUGUUAGCUAGGUUUUUAUGUGGGUUCUGUUGUAGCUUUCUUCCAUAUACAGAUUCAUAAUGUUGGUCAACUGAAGAUUUCUUGAAAAUGAUUAUUUAGUAUUC